AUGGACAUGGGAAAUUCUACCGGUAGUACGUCAGACUCACAUCUGAGAUCGGAGAAGAUCAAAAGGAGUUACAGAGCUUGUCUUCACUGUCGAAGUAGGAAGGCCAAAUGUGAUCUGGGUGAUAUCGACGCACCGUCUUCUCCUCCUUGUACAAGAUGUAAACGUGAAUCAAGAGAAUGUGUUUUUGCUCCUUCUCGUCGUGGAGGAAACAAUCGUAAACGAGACUUGAAGGAAUCAAUGGACGACUCUGACGGUGACGUGAAAAAGGAUAUUUCAAGUCAUGAUGUGAACCCUCACAUUCAGGCAACUAACGAACCAAUCUAUCCUCAAACUUUCCCUUAUCCUUAUCCACCUGGUUCACAGAUCCCAGCAGCAUCAUCAUCAUCACGCCCUUCACCUUCAUAUCCAUACCAUGGACCCAAUACCGGAUCAACAGGAUCAAAUCUUUCUCCAAUAACAAACACUUCAACGCACACACCCCCUUCUGCUCGUCCAGCUUUCUCUCAUCAUGUUCCUCCGUCAGCUUCACGCGAUGUACCCGAAAAAUCAUCCACCUCUACGCCAUCACCUAAACGAAGAAGAUUGCAUCUCAAUCCACCUUUGCAUGACUCGGAUCCUUCUAGUAUAGUAGUGGCUGAUAUGCAGAAUGAAUCAGACGCCCUGCAGAUCUUAGCUUUGGCAAGUGGACAGGUUUCUACCAAAGAAAGCCUGGUGGGUGGGCGAGGAAGAAGAAACCAAGAGACAUAUAUGCAUGAAAAAAGUGGUAAUGCAGCUACAGUAGGGGAUAUGUUAAAUUUCAAACAGUUUUUCGAAAGGAGACAAAGUGAUGAGGUUCCAAUUUUGGAAGAUUACCCUUUGAUCAAAUUAGGUAUACUGAAUGGAGAUCAAGCUCUGAGAUUGGUGAACCUCUAUUUCAGAUGCCAUCAUCAUCUAAACCCGAUAUGUCCUUCGGCGGUUCUUCCGAAAUGUUCCCAAGAUCUGGCAUACUACGCUUCCAAAGAGCGAUAUACGAUUACUGCCUUCAUAAUCAUCGCCAGCAGGGUCGAUACUGCGCCUGCUUCAAGAGAAAUUCAUAACAAAGCUUGGGCUGUAAUGAGGGGCUGGAUUACCGACGUUCAAACUCUGGGUGCACCUCCGACUAUAGGAUUAGUCGAGUCCCUUCUCCUUUUAAGCGAAAACCUGCCUCGUACUCCGCCCCUUGCAAGUCCAGCGGAGCUGAAUGCUGCGGGUGCUCGAGAAGAAAUCCAUGGCGACGAGAACCGUCAAGCAUGGCAAUUGAUAGGGCUGGCAGUUAGAAGUGCUUACGAGUUAGGAUUGGAUAAGAUCGCAUUGAGGUUAUUACCUGAUUCAGAACGCACGUUGGAGAUUGAGCGAGCGAAAGUGGCGUGGACUUAUUGCUACCUUUUCGAUCGACAUAUAUCCAUACGUUUGGGCAAAGGCUUCUGGGCACGAGGAGCAGCGGUCUGCUUUCAAGGCUACUCAUCGUCAGCCCAAACUGGACCAGCGGCUGGGCACGGCAAUUUUCCUUUCUUGAGUGAGAUAGGAGAUGAAGAAGACCAUCCUCAGGAUGAUUAUGCAAGCUUAAUACAGGCGUAUCUCGAAUUGACUCAACUCAUGAGUAACGCUCAUGAUGUACUUUACCCCAACGCAUCGAGAACCAGGUCACUUGUGAUGCAUGGUGAAUACUUCAAGUAUCUUGAUGAAAUGGCUAGAUCACUUGAUGCAUUUAAAGUGCUCUGGAGGAAAAAACAAUGGAAAGUGUUCCCCUUGACGGAUAUCUUGUGGACGAUCUUCUACUAUGUUCAAUUGUACAUAUGUGCAUUCAGUUUCCAAGCUCAUGUUGAACGGGCUACGAUGCGAGCUGAAAAGGAAUACCGAAUUCUUCAGCAAUCUCAACAAGCGAAAGAUGACCACACGCCUACUGCUAGACCCAGACUCAGUCUUUUCCCUCGUGGUGCCGCUCAGUCUCCCGAUGCAAGAUACAUCUUUCACAUGUGUGAUGCCGCCCGAGAAAUCCUGCAUAUAUGCGUAAAUAAGCUUUAUCCAGGUGGAGCGUUGCCUUAUCUGCCUACUAGGUACCUGCUCUGGUUCACCUAUGCGGCUAUAGUGUUGUUGAAGGCGUUGUACUCCGGCGCUAUGCUUCGGGGAGAUCAUAAGAAGACCCUUGACCUGGUUGAUGAGCUCUGCGAAUGUCUGGAAAAUUGCUCGAGUGACAGCGAUCAUCCAACGGUGAGGUAUGGUAGGCAAUUGCAGAGUUUACGAAGAAAGCUUGCUGGUCUUUCCGAUGCCGCCAACACGCGCAGCCCGACAGGUGGAUCCACUGUACCAUUGCCUCCAAUUCAUCGCCAACCAAGAAGACCUGAGGCUGGCAAUAACUGGGAUGGGAGCGAUGCAUACGCAUCGAGAGUGUCUGAUCUGGGCAUCACGUCAGGAUCAACCCAUCAGCCAUCUGGCUAUUCCGGUGAAAUGGGUUUUCCAAGUGGUGCUGGCAAUGUCAGUGGUGAAUAUAACAGAGCAAGUAAUUGGCAAAGUUCAAUCUCGUAUGAGCAUCGUAAUCAACCUGUCGUCUUUCCAUAUCCAAACACACCUGGACCGAUGCCAAAUACACCCUACACACCAUCAUCAAUCGCAUACAUGACAUCAUUAGACCCUUCCUUUAUUGCAGCUCAUGAACAACCUCUAGUGGAUGUGGGGAUCACUCAAGGAUUGAACUCGACCGGUUUCGUUCCUGUACCGGAAAUGAAUUUUGACUUGACGACUGGAUUUGGUACGGUAGAUAAUUGGUUUGGGUUUGUUGGUUCAGGUAACGAUUGGCAAGAUAACAAUAAUGCAAAUGGUGGUGAGGGAAAUGAUAUGGCUCAAAUGGCCGGUUUAGAUCUAGAUGACUUUUGGAUGCAAGUCGGUCCAGGAGAGGCUCAAGGUGGUUUCCCGUUUCGUUGA